GCUUCACUUGUAAACAGAGACCUGUCAAAGAGCACAAACGCCAUCUUGACAGCAACCUCAAAAUGGCAGAAAGAUAUGAGUCAGAAACAGGGUCCAAACUAAGAUUCCGGCGCCCCACUGCUUAAAACCAGGUACUUCAGAUAUUCUAYAAGCAAGUGGGCAUGGAGUUGGUGUGCGGUGGUACAGCACAGAGCCUGUAAAAUGGAUAUAACCGUGGCGGUUUUUAACGCGGCCAGAGAUGGUAAGCUGAAACUUAUCCAGAAGUUGCUGAGCAACAAAACUCCAGAGGAGCUGGAGGCUUUAGCGGAGGAGAAAACCCAGGGCAGCACCGCGCUUCUCAUAGCCUCUCGGUACGGACAUUUAGAGGUCGUAGACUACCUGCUCGAACAUUGUAAAGCUCAUGUAGAACUCGGGGGCUCGGUCAACUUUGACGGCGAGACUAUCGAGGGGGCUCCACCGCUGUGGGCGGCUUCGGCAGCGGGUCACCUCCCCGUGGUGAAGACGCUGCUGAAACACGGCGCCUCGGUAAACAACGCCACGCUAACCAACUCCACUCCGCUCCGAGCCGCUUGCUUCGACGGCCACCUGGAGAUCGUUCGCUACCUGGUGGAGCACAGAGCGGACAUGGAGGUCGCCAACCGCCACGGCCACACCUGCCUCAUGAUCUCCUGCUACAAGGGCCACAAAGAGAUAGCCAAGUUUCUCCUAGACCGUGGGGCGGACGUGAACCGAAAGAGUGUGAAAGGGAACACGGCCCUCCAUGACUGCGCUGAGUCUGGGAGUCUGGACAUCAUGAAGAUGCUGCUGAAGUGCAACGCUCGCAUGGAGAGGGAUGGGUAUGGCAUGACCCCCCUCCUGGCUGCCAGUGUAACGGGUCACACUAACAUUGUGGAGUAUCUGGCCCACCAGCCCCGCACYUCCACAGAGGAGCGGAUCGAUGCUCUGGAGCUACUGGGAGCAACGUUUGUGGACAAAAAACGUGAUCUGUUGGGAGCCAUGAGGUACUGGAGAAGAGCUAUGGAGCUGAGGGAGGCAGGGGACAAAGCUGGAUCGCUGUCCAAGCCUCCGCCUGGCCCUCCCAUCCCUGCCUACGGAUGUGCCCAGGAGGUGAGCACUGCAGAGGAGCUUGAAGCUUUAAUCACAGAUCCUGAUGAAAUGAGGAUGCAGGCCUUGCUGGUUCGUGAGCGCAUCCUCGGGCCAUCCCACCCGGACACAUCUUAUUACAUUCGGUACAGGGGAGCCGUGUACGCUGACUCGGGCAACUUUGAGCGCUGUAUCAGUCUGUGGAAAUAUGCCUUAGACAUGCAGCAGAGCAAYUUGGAYCCCCUCAGUCCCAUGACAGCCUCCAGUUUCCUCUCCUUCGCAGAGCUCUUUUCUUUUGUUCUUCAGGACAGGGCCAAAGGCACCCUGUCAACUCGCAUCACCUUCCAGGAUCUAAUGACUGUGCUGGGGAAAAGUGUGAGGGAAGUCGAAAGAGCUAGUGCCUACCCCCGUUGA